AUGGCCACUUUCUUCCAGAGCGUUCGCCAAGGGUUUGGCAGGGGAGGAAACAACAAGAACCCUCCUAAGAGCCCCGCGCAAGCUCCUGUUCCCCAGGGCGCCAUGUCCAACUCGCACUCGAUGUCCAAUAGCUUGUCCAUUGAAGGUCUCACCGCCAAUGAUCCCGAUUCCCCCAAGUACUUCUUCCAAGAGAAGUACGCCCCGUUGAAUGUGAGGGGUAAUUUCUUGACCCUGUGUGCUUGUCCGAAGAAUGUGGAGCUUGGCGAGUGGCUGGCUCACCAGAUUGUUGAACAAUAUCGUCUGCUCCACGGCAUGCUCCAGGUCAUCCAGGAGGUGAACGGUGUCACCGGGUUCCCAAUUUGCAAUGAGAGCACAUGUCCCACAAUGUCGGCCGGACGGUUGACCUACACCUGGCUUGUGGACGGCCGCGCAGCUAAGAUCUCCGCUCCCAAAUUCAUCAACCGCGUCGAGAAGUGGAUCGUCAGCAAGAUUCAUGACCCCGUCAUGUUCCCCACCGAGAAGGUGGUCGGUACCCCCGAAACCUCCUCCAUUAAAGACGCCGCCGCUGCCAUCGGAGCUCCUCCCGCUACCCCUACAGACCCCUCCAAUCCGACCGGAUCGAAUGGAAACCCGGAUGAGUGGAUCGGAAAAUCCAGUGGAUUCCCGCAGACCUUCUACAAGGACUGCCAGGGUAUCAUGAAGCAGAUGUUCCGCUGCUACGCGCAUCUGUACCAUGCCCACUGGCUGAACCCCUUCUGGCACAUCAACAAGCACGACAUCCUGAACAUGUGCUUCGUACACUUUGUCACCGUCGCCAAGUACUACCAGUUGGUCUCGGACAAGGAGAUGGAGCCCAUGCAGCCUCUGAUUGACCUGUUCAUCAAGCAGCAGAGGGUUCCUCCGGAAGCUUUGAACGGUGGCCACUGGGCCCAGCAGCCUACCAACUAG